AUGGCGAUGCACGAUUACGUGUUCCCUCACCGCACGCGAUUAGUUCCUCUUCUGCGGUGGAGAUAUGCCGUCAUCCCUGUAUCGCACUAUGGACCAAAGCGGCGUCGGCGCCCACCGGCAGGGCCGAUCCCCGUCGACGGAUCGAUUCCUCGGCGUUUUCUCGCCUCCGAAGGCCGAUUCCGCGAUUGGCGGCGGCUGUGAAGCGGAGGCCUCGUCGGGCGGAGGUGAGCUCAAUGAAGACGACGUCCUCUGGACUGGACUGGACUUUACGGAACCUCUGCGGCGUUCCAAUUCCUCCAACCAGAACAGUCCGCGGCAAGGUUUUGAGAAGCCUGAGAAAUUCGGCAUCCUCGCGGCGUUGCCGGAGGAUCUACGAAAAGCCUGCCGCUCUCUGAUCUAUCAGAAGCACGCCACGGCGUCGUUUGCUCGGGAUUUGCCUUCGAUCCCGAAGCCUACGGCGGACAGGGAGCAAAGCCACGGAUAUAACCGCAACUAUUCGCAGUCAAUGCCGGCUGCGAAGUUCCAGCACUCGGCUCCGAUGAAAGUGCCGAUGAUGCCGAAGAAGGCGACGAGGAACGGCGGACUUGGCGAUGCGGAGGUCGAUGAUGUAGACGCCGAUGAUGAAAUGCUGCCGCCUCACGAGAUCGUCGCUCGAGGAUCGGCUAUGUCUCCCAAAACCACUUUCUCCGUCCUGGAAGGAGCCGGAAGAACGCUCAAAGGGAGGGAUCUUCGUCAGGUUCGCAAUGCCGUGUUUCGUCAAACAGGUUUCAUCGACUGAGAACAAUAGAUAAAAACCAGUGAUCUUUGCUCUGCCAAUUCGACUGAGAAGUUCAAAGUUUUCCAGAUACAUUUCAGUCAUCAAGUUGAUUGCUUCAUUAGAUUUCUGGAGAUACAGUGUAAGAAAGUUUUAUUCAUACCUUCUCCUUUUAGUUUGUAAUUGUUUCAAUUAGUUUGUCUAUGUGUAUCUGUGAAAAUUUACAGUGUUCAUUCAAUUCCUUGAAGAAAUACAGAAAACUUUGAUCACUAAUCUGAGAAUCUUAUAUAUAUUAAUUUGUUUUGAAAAAUUGCAAUGUUUUGUGUUCUUAUCUAAACUUUUUAUCUUUCAUCUUCACUCAUUCCCCCUCUCGCAUCUGAAUACUCUGAGAUCGAAGGACAUGCAGUCAUCAAUGGCAAAAAUCAAAGUUUGGGAGUUGCCGAUUCGCUAGUAGCUGACUCGAUUGUUGGAUUAUAGGGUAAGGAGACACAAUUUGAGCAUAUCUUCAUCUCUGUAUUUUUGUUCUGUUGGUUGCUCGAGUGUGUCAAUGCGGUAGUUGUUCCCUCCUCUGACCCUCAUUACCUCCUGCAUGACGUAUUGGUAGCUAAGCCACACCUUGUUCAGUGUGUAGGGUGAUAGUGCAUUAAAACUUUCCUCCACAGCUCCCACUAAGUCACUCACUGUCUUGGGAGCACAUUGAUUCCUUAGAGAUUGUAUGGAUGCAAAAAAUCCCAAAUCCAAUAUGUUUCGGUCAGGAGAGUUUGGGGGUUGGUUACCCAGUGUUAUGUGAAAUCCUUGACUUGUAGCAACUCAUUUGAAGUCCUCAUCCAUUCCCAGAAAUGUGUGGCUUUGCAUUGUUUUGUUGGAUUUCAAUACGCAUAUUGAAAUGUGCUGGCCACUUCGGUUUAAUUGCUGGCAAGAUUUUUUGAAUUAGCAUGUCUUUGUAAACUGCCUUGUUUACACUUAACACUGGUUUAACUUCAAGUGUCCCGACUUCCCUGUUCUUACUUUUUCUCUUUGCUGCCACAAUCUCUAUAAACGGAAAAAUCCCAAUUUUUCCAUCCCAAACAACAUGACUAUCUUCAUUUAUUAUUGGCCUAACAACUACAGCUAAGAACAUCACCUUGGCUAUAAAUCUCUUAGACUUACAAGAUCUGUGUGGGUCUUCUUCAUCUAGACCCAAGUAAAACCUCGGGUUUGACAUGAAAAACCAUUUUUCGUCUAUGUGUAUGACAUUCUAAAAAAUCUUGAAAGUGGGAUUUGUGCUCAAUGUCUGAUCAUUAAUUUGACUCACACAAAACUUUAGCCUUUGAAUCUUGUUGCCAUCAGACAGAAAUGGUUUAAUGGCAUUUGAAUGCCUUCUAAUCAUGCCUUUCUUGAUGAUUUUAUGCAUUGUUGAUUUUGCAAUGGACCAUAACGAUGAAACUGUUCUUCUAGAGAUUUUGAAAUGAGCUGCAACCUUGUUUAUUUUUCCUCUCGCAGCCAACCAUUUCCCACUUCUAACUUGCCUCGCACAUAGGAGUUCGUCUAUAAUAUUCUGUCCUUCAUUAUCAGACAUCUUUUUGGUGCAUUUCUGUAUAUUGUUUUCAUUUUGCAGGGGAACAUUUUGCAAGAUAAUUUGCAGAAUAGAAGAAGAAUGCCCAGACUCCAUGAAAAAGGUGAGAGUGAAAAGCUUUAUGGGGGGAAUUUUAACCUUUUGCAAAUU